AUGUUGAGAUCGAUUGGAUACACCAAACCGCUUUCUGGGGGCUCCAGAAUGACCCAAGCAACCACCAUUUCCAAUGGUAUCCGUUAUCUUGCAACAGGUUCAAAAAUCAAAGUGAAAAAUCCAAUUGUCGAGUUGGAUGGAGAUGAAAUGACGAGAAUUAUUUGGCAAAGAAUCAAGGAUAAGCUUAUUCACCCCUACCUUGAUGUGGACUUGAAGUACUAUGAUCUCGGAAUUGAAGCCAGAGACAAAACUGAUGAUCAGAUUACCAUAGAUGCUGCUCAUGCUAUCCAAAAGUACGGAGUCGGAGUCAAGUGUGCUACAAUUACUCCAGAUGAGGCUCGUGUUAAGGAGUUUGGACUCAAGAAAAUGUGGCUUUCACCCAAUGGAACCAUCAGAAACAUUUUGGGAGGAACCGUUUUCAGAGAAUCAAUUGUGAUUCCUAGAGUUCCCCGGUUGGUUCCCGGCUGGAAACUGCCCAUUGUGAUUGGUAGACACGCCCACGGCGACCAGUAUAAGGCCACCGACUUGGUUGUUUCUGGACCUGGAAAGUUGGAGUUGAAAUUUACUCCCAAGGACGGUGGAGAGUCUGAGACCAGAGUGGUUUACGACUACCAGGGACCAGGAGUUGGGUUGGCAAUGUACAAUACCGACGAGUCGAUUCGAGGGUUUGCACACUCGUCGUUCAAGAUGGCUCUUUCCAAGAAGUUGCCUCUUUAUAUGCUGACGAAAAACACCAUUUUGAAAAAAUACGACGGUAGAUUCAAGGACAUUUUUGCCGAGGUGUAUCAGGAGUACCAGUCGGAAUUCGAGGCCCAGGGCUUGUGGUACGAACACAGACUCAUUGACGACAUGGUGGCUCAAAUGAUGAAGUCACAGGGUGGAUUUGUCAUGGCUUUGAAGAACUACGAUGGAGAUGUUCAAUCUGAUAUUGUAGCCCAAGGUUUUGGUUCGCUCGGCUUGAUGACUUCAGUUUUGAUGACACCCGAUGGAAAGGCUUUUGAAAGUGAAGCUGCUCAUGGAACUGUUACCAGACACUUUAGACAGCACCAGCAAGGAAAGGAAACAUCCACCAACUCAAUUGCAUCUAUUUUUGCCUGGACUCGAGGUCUUGCUCAACGUGGACGUCUUGAUAACACACCUGAGGUGGUGGAGUUUGCUGAGAGAGUAGAGAAAGCCACCGUUGAUACGGUGGACAAGCAGGGAAUUAUGACCAAAGAUUUGGCCAUUGCUUGUGGUAACCUUGACCGUUCUGCCUACGUCACCACCACGGAGUUUCUCGAUGCGGUUGCUGAUUCUGUAGCUAAUAGCAAGUAG